GACAAUUCAGACGAAUUGGAAACGCUGGAUCUACAGUUUCGAGCAAGUUCCUCUUGUUUACGCGAACAUCAACGACAACAACAGUCAUCAUCACUAUCGUCGGCAUUAUUCAAGAAGGUCUCAUUUUCUCAACUACGAAAUCUGCUUUUGUAUUUCAGCGAAACCCCACCCAAUGAUUCAUUUUCAAUUGACCUGCUUCGACGUGCGCCUGCUCUAGAGGCUCUCUCACUGCAUGAUUGUGAUAUGAUCGGCCGAGACCUCGUCGAGACGAUAAGGCAGAAGUGUGUCCACACCCUGUCCUAUUUAUAUAUGGACUGUGUUUUUGAUGCAGAAGAUCAGAUCGGGAUCGUAGACCUCUUUCGCGACCUUGCCACAGUUUCACAGCAACAAGCUAUUGCAAAUGAAAACAGUGCUGUUGGCAUCAAGCAUCUAGUGCUUUUACACUGCGGAUUCGACAUGGACGAAAUACUGGAUUCUAUCGCUGAGAUCAACACACUGAAGCAACUCGAUCUUCAAGACUGCGAAUUAUCGGCUGGGACGAUGGAUGCGUUUUUUGAAAAGCUCGUCAAGCGAGAAUCGCCAAUUCACAGGAUAUCCCUAGAUUAUGUUACAGGCAUAACUGACACGACACUGCAGUAUAUCAACGCAUUACCGAGACUCAAAGAAGUGUCUUUUUGGUGUCUGGCUGAUAUUACAAAUGAUGGGAUACAACUGCUUCGCGACAACAGGCGGAUCAGCAAGUUAGUCGUGUGUGAGUGUGAACAAUGUGAACAAGUUACACUUGAAUAAAGC